AUGUCUCUCGAGAAUCGCGUACAGAAAGCUCUUGUUCUAGAGUCACCCAAGACACCUUUCGUCCUGAAGACUGUGCCCAUUCCAAAGCCUGGUCCUGGCGAAGUUCUCGUCAAGAUCAUAGCAUCUGGGUUGAACCCAGUUGAUUGGUUCAUACAAUCUCGCGAUCUCUUCGCUCCAAAUACUCCUUACCCAGCGAUUAUUGGAUUGGACAUGGCAGGCGACGUCGAGGAAGUUGGUGAAGGCGUGAAAGAAAUUUCUAAAGGAGAUCGAGUAUUCCUUGAACCCAAGCUGAACUCUAACGAGUAUGCUUCUCAUCAGCAAUAUGCUCUUGCUCCGGUCGAGUUCUUGGGCAAGAUUCCCGACAACUUAAGUUACGGUCAAGCAGCCUGUGUUCCGCUCACGUUCAGCACUGCCGUAUAUGGGUUACUUCCCGCACACCCGGUCGGUAUGGGCCUCAACCCAACUUUCGACGACACAGUCUCAUAUCCGAAGGAAAUCGCCCUUGUGAUUGGAGGUUCGACUUCCGUUGGUCAAUAUGCCAUUCAAAUCCUGAAAUAUCUUGGUUUCGGUACUAUCAUUGUCUACGCAUCCACCAAACAUACGGAAUACCUCAAAUCCCUCGGUGCGACACACUUCAUCGACCGUAACGAGAUAUCUUUCGCCGACCUUCCUGCUGCCUUGCCGAAAGUCUGUUCCCAACCCAUCAAGAUCAUCUACACUGCAGUGACUUCGCCCGAGGCUCAGAACGCUGCUUAUGCAUGUCUUGCCGACGAUGGAAAACUUGCUAUCGCGACUCCUCGUAUAGUUUCUUGGGGAGAUGCAGAAGUAACUACAAAGAAGGUUUAUGGUGUGUUCGGAGGGCCACAUAUACCCCCAAACAGGGAGUUUGGCGUCACAUUGUGGAAGCAUCUUCCAAGAUUGUUGGAACGUGGCGUUUUUGUGCCUAAUCGGAUCGAAGAAAUCCCCAAGGGACUUUCUGGAAUUGUUGAUGGGGUGAAGAAAUACGAGAAGGGUGAGGUCAAUGGAAUAAAGCUUAUCGUAUACCCACAAGACACACCCGCUUAGAUCCUGAGCGUACGGUAAUGAUAGCAUCGUAUCACGGAUCAUGCUUAUUUUCCUCGAUAUUCGUAGUCCGGCAAAUCAAAUGUUUCCUCUUACCACUCCAAUUCCUAAAAGACGUAUAUGUGCUGUGCAAUAACUUGAACGGUAUGCAUUCCCGGUCCGCAAUC